AUUAACUACAUCAUUCUGAAGGAUCAAAGUGGGGACUCACAGUUCUUCAGCAUCAUCCACACCCGGGCCACCUUCGACCGUGAGCAGAAAGGCUCCUACUUGAUCGAGGAGUCUCAGGACAGCUCAGAGUCGGGCCGACCCGGUCAGCAGGGUCAACCCAACACAGACACAGCCUACGUGAGGGUUUUUGUCACAGAUGUAAAUGACAAUGCUCCAGCCUUCUCUCAGCCUGUAUAUGAGAUCAGUGUGGAGGAAGACAAAGAAGUGGGCUUUGUGGUCAUUACAGUUACAGCUAACGAUGAAGAUGAAGGUGCCAAUGCCAAACUGCGGUACCAGAUUACCUCUGGGAACACCAUGGGCGCAUUCGAUGUGGAGCCAGAGGUUGGCACGAUCUUCAUUGCCCAGCGGCUAGACUAUGAGCAGGUGCAGCGCUAUGAGUUACGACUGGUUGCGUCGGAUGGAAAAUGGGAAAACCAGACAAUGGUUGUCAUUAAUGUCAUCAACCAGAAUGAUGAGGCACCCCUUUUCACUCAGACUGAGUACCACGCCAGCGUCAUGGAAGAACUUACAGAGCUUCCUGUCCUUGUACUUGAGGUCUCAGCCACAGAUCCAGAUCAGGAGGCGGACCAGCGUGCAGUGCGGUAUUCUCUACAUGGGCAGGGAGCUGGUAGUGAAUUCACCAUAGAUGAGAUGAAUGGUAGGAUCUUCUCCCAACGUCGUUUAGAUCGUGAGGUCCGCUCGGCCUGGCAAUUUCUGGUACUUGCCACUGAUGAGAAUGGGGCAGGUCUUACCGGGUUUGCUGAUGUUCUAGUCGAAGUGCAGGAUAUCAAUGACAAUGCACCUGUCUUCCUGUGUGCAACAGACAACUGCUUUUUGGGUCACGUGCCUGAGAACUCCCCAGCGGACACUUCCAUAAUGGAGAUGCAGGCCACUGACCUAGAUGAUCCAAAAGCUGUGAAAAACGCUAUCCUUACAUACAGAAUUGUGCAGAAUGUGCGCAAUGAGAUCAAUCUUAACCUUUUCUCCAUCAACCCAGCCACAGGCACAAUCUAUACUGUUUUGCGCUCUUUGGACAGGGAAGUGGUGGAUCGAUAUCUUGUUGUGGUAGAAGCUCGUGAUGGAGGAGGACUUUUGGGGACAGGGACAGCCACCAUCAUAGUUUCUGACGUCAAUGACCAUCCUCCAGUGUUUACCCAGAGAGUCUACAUGGCCUCUAUGCCAGAAAACUUGGACAUCAACAGCGAGGCAGUGGUAGUGGCUGCCACCGAUGGUGAUGAAGGUGAAAAUUCAGUCAUGACGUUCAGCAUCAUUGGUGGGGAUGAAGACCGCAAAUUCUUCAUUGAGACUGACAAGGUGAACCACCGUGGCAUAGUGAGGCUGAAGAAGAAGAUUGACUUUGAGAAGCCACAUGAGCGCACAUUCAACCUGACGAUCAAAGUGGAGGAUGCUGACUUCUUUAGCCUGGCCUACUGCAUCAUUCAGGUGGAAGACUCCAAUGACCACACUCCAGUCUUCUUCCCACAGUUCUACGAAGCGGGAUCCAUGUUUGAGGACGUUCCAGUAGGCACCAUCUUGGCACAGGUGACAGCAGUGGAUCUGGACUCUGGACAAAAUGGGAGGUUCACAUACAGCAUCGCCCCAGAAUCUGACCCCUUUCAGCAGUUCCUGGUAGAUAAGAGUGGUUGGGUUGUGGUAGCUGACUCUCUGGAUAGUGAAAAGGUAUCUCAACAUAGGCUUAUGAUCCUGGCCACUGACAUGGGCAGCCCUGCUCUGACUGGCUCUGCCAUUGUGCUAGUGACCGUACAAGAUGUCAAUGACAAUGGACCAGAGUUUGAGGCUCCAUAUCGGCCCAUUGUGUGGGAGAACACUAUUGCACCACAGGAUGUUCACAUGAACGAUACAUCCGUUCUGUUGCAUGUUAUUGACAGAGACACAUCAUCCAACGGAGGGCCUUUUUCCAUCCGUCUGCUGAUGCUGACAUCUGAUGUUACUAAUUUCAACUUGACUGAUCUGCGGAAUGGCAGCGCCUUGAUAACCGCUCUCCGCAGCUUUGACCGGGAACAGCAGAAGCAGUAUCUUCUCCCCAUCCUGAUGAUUGACAGCGGUUCACCACCAAUGAGCUCCACCAGUACACUCACCAUCAUAAUUGGAGAUAAAAAUGACCAUCCCCAUGCACCUGGACACAGCGAGUUCAUUGUGUACAAAUUACCGGGUGCAUUCCCCAUGACAGUGCUUGGACAGGUUCAAUCCCCUGACCUUGAUGAUUGGAGUGAGAAGGUUUACAAGUUCGAAGGCAAACCCCCCAGGCAAUUCAGCCUGAACCAAAACACCGGUCAGCUGAGCAUCCGAGAGGGAACACCAGCUGGACUCUACAGCCUGCAGGUGAGGGUGGCAGAUAAGAGCUGGCCUGAUGUCACCUCAUCAGCCGAGGUCAUGGUGAUGGAGCUGGAGGAGGAGGCGCUGAGGAAUGCUGGGUCAAUCAGACUGGCCAACCUUUCUGCAAAUGAGUUUUUCCCAGCAUCAACUAAUGAGGAGAGCCGAUACAUGCGUCUCCGUCGCCUCUUGUCCGAGCUCUUCCAGAUUGAUAUUGAGAACGUCGACAUCUUUAGCCUGGCCAGUGGCAGUCAACCAAUACAGCAUCACCUCAGCGUGUGGUUUGCCGCCCAUGGCUCGUCAUACUACAAGCCAGAGAAACUCCACGGCUAUGUGGCAAUGCACAAAGCCAAGCUGGAGUCCGCUCUGGGUGUGCCCAUUCUACAGGUGGGGGUGGACGAGUGCACCUAUGCUGCCUGCGGUCAAACAGGUGGCUGCUCUAACAAGGUGACAUUCAGUGACACCCCUAAAACACUGAACAAUGGAAAUGUCUCUUUGGUGUCUGUCUCAGCCAAAGCGAGCGCUCAGUGUGGCUGUCUUGCUCGAGAGCGCGUUCACCUGCACUGCUCUUCAUACUCACACAACCCUUGCCUGAAUGGAGGCACCUGUGUGGACAGUGAACUAGGCUACAGGUGUAAAUGUCCCCCUAUGUUUGAUGGACCAGAAUGCCAGCAAACCAAGCACAGUUUCCUGGGUAAUGGUUAUGCUUGGUUCUCUCCCAUAAGGCCUUGCUUCCAGAGCCACAUCUCUCUGGAGUUUAUUACAGAGGUAGGCAAUGGUCUGCUAUUCUACAAUGGCCCAAUGGGAACACCUCAGCCUGGAGAAAAAGAGGACUUCAUUGCACUGGAGCUGAAAAAUGGAGUUCCUGUGCUGAGUGUGAAUCAUGGUUCAGGGACUCUAACACUGCAGCUGUCCGCGAGAGCCACUGUCACGGACCGCCGCUGGCAUCACCUCGACAUCAUCAGCGAUGGCAAGACUGUCCAGAUGAUUCUGGACCACUGCUCUGGUGCAAUGGUGAAUGAGGUAGAAGGCCUGGGAGUUGAGAUGUUUGAGACUGAUCAGUCGUUGUGCAAGGCCUCCGGAGAGACGCCAGGCAGUGAAAGGUUUUUGGAUGUGUACCAACCUCUCCAGUUGGGUGGGGUUAAAGAGACACACUCACCCCGUAGCUCACACCCCCAUUACAAAGGAUUUGUGGGAUGUGUGAGGAACCUGGUGGUGGAUAGUCAGGUGUACGACCUCGGCAGCACAGCAGAGAGUGAGAACAGUGCCCCGGGAUGUGCCCUAACAGAUGGUGUGUGUCUGACCGCUGGAGGACCCUCCUGUGGGGUCCAUGGGAAAUGUCUGGGGGAAUGGGGCUCCUUCAGCUGUGAUUGCCACCCUGGAUAUAGCGGACACAAGUGUGACAAAGCGCUUCCUGAGUGGUCGUUUGAGAAGGACAGUGUUCUGAGGUACCAGCUGAGAGGUGGAGGAAGUCCACGCAAAACCCAAGCUCACUUCCUGCUGAGAACCCGCUCCUCCAUGGGCAGCCUGCUCAGCAUGGCCUCACGUGACACCAACGAGUUCAUUAUCCUUGAAAUGGUAGAUGGGUUCCUCACUGUCGGUGCAAACCUUGGAGACGGCAAUCACUCUCUGAAGUUAACAGGUCAUCGUGUGAACCACGGCCAGUGGGUCUUCAUUAGCCUUCAUCGCUAUGACAACACCUUUACCCUGCGACUGGAGCAGGGAGGGGGGUCACGGGAGGUCACAGGGGUCCUGGGUCAGAAAAAGGAAAUAGUAGUUCACCCCUCCAGUGUGUUUCUGGGAAACAGUGCAUCUCCAAACACACAGAGAGACUUUCAGGGCUGUAUGCGGGACGUAAGACUGAACGGUCACUCUCUGCCACUGGAUGGUCAGGGCACAGAGUUCAGUACUGUGCUGGAGAGCCGUGGAGUCGUGCCCGGCUGCCACUCUGACGCCUGCAGUGUCAAACCCUGCCUGAGUCCGCUGUACUGCGUCGACCUGUGGAGGAAACACGAGUGCAGGUGUCCAACCAAUCAGGUUGCAGUGGUGGAUGAGGUCACAGGUCUUCUGCAUUGCGCCCCAUCCCCCUGUGUCCCCACCUCAUGUCAUAAUGGUGGCACCUGCCUGGCUCACUCCACCAAGAGCUACCAGUGCCGCUGUCCAGAGGGCUUCAGGGGCCAGUGGUGUGAGAUCGGCCGGGUCAAAUCUCUCCAUCUCACAGCGCUCAGUCCCAGCUCCAUCCUAGCCAUCAGCAUGUGUCUACUCAUCUUUUUCGCCGUGCUUGUGGCGGUGACCGUAUGGAAUCAGAAGGGUAGUCGGAAUAAGUUCCGCAAGCGAGGUGUUUACCACAUCCCAGCGGAGAACGAGAGCUGGGAGGACAUCCGGGAGAACAUCCUCAACUACAACGAGGAGGGAGGAGGAGAGCAGGACCAGAAUGCCUAUGACAUCACUGAGCUGAAGAGGCCUCUGUGUUCCAGCUUGUCGCAGUCCUCCUCCUGCACCACCGCCCCCCUCAUCAAAUCAUCCCAGGGCUCUCAGGAGGAGGUCCAUCCCUGCGGACACAUCAGCCUUCCCUACCACCACAAUGCCAGCUGCAGCGGUCCCUGCUCCAUGGACUUCAAGAGCUACGUGUCGCGCAUCAUCUGGGAGGCUGAUAAUGACAGCCUUGCGUUCCCCAUGGACACCUACCACGUGUACUGCAUCGAGGGAAUGGGCUCCAGCGCGGGCAGCCUCAGCUCUCUGGGAUCGGCCGUUUCAGAGGAGGCCUUCACCUACGACUCUCUGCGGCACUGGGGCUCCAAGUUCGAAGCCCUCAGCGAGCUUUAUCAUCGACCUGAGCUGGCCAUCCCCUACAUGGACACGGUGCAAAGCCAAAGCCAGGAACAAUAACCUUCAAGUUACUGAUGACUUCAAGCCCAGCGUUUGUUUUUGUGUUAGUGUUUUAUAGCCUUUAUAGGGUUCCAACUCUACAAAAAUGUGUCCUAAGUAACGGUUUCUGUUCAUUUCAGAUCACACAGCUUUAAGUGUGAGGAGCAGCUGAGGUUAGAGAAAUGAUUUGUUUUAUUUAUUGAGUAAAAUAUUAAAUGUACUGUAUUUAUUUUUGCUCUGAUAGGGAACAAAGCCAGUGAAUCAUCAGGACUUCACCAUGAUGAACAUGGUAUAGUCACAUCCAGCAUCUCACAACUAAUGUGCGUUUUAGUGAACACACAUGACUAAUGCUGCAUUCCUUUUCACUCCGAAAUUUACAGCUUUCUUUGUGGAAAUGUGCAUUAGAAUGCCACUUUAUGUAAGAUAUCCAUCUUAGAAGCUUGUGCGGAACUUUGAUUUUGCCAAAUUUUUAAUUCACAGUAGCGUUCAGAAGUUUGGGAUCGGUAAGAUUUUUAUUGUAAAAAAUUAAAAUUAAAAUCCAGUAAAACAUUGACAUUGUGAAGUAUUAUUACUUUUUAAAAUAACCUUUUUA